AUGGCCAGCGCCGGGCAGGGGCCGCAGCCCCGAAGCAGCCGCGCUGCGCUGGGAGCACCAGUCCGGAGCGGGGCGGGCUCGGCAGCGCCGCGCGCUCUCAUUGGCUCCCGCCACUGCUGGGGAGCGAUUGGCCACGGGCUCUGCCCGCCGCACAGCGACAGAAAAUGGAACCGAGGGUUCCUCCGUGGGGACAAGGACCGGGAGAGAUCCCUCGGCAAAUCCGGGCUACAGGCUGCAGACGUGUGCAGCGCAGCCAAAAUGAUCCAGCACGUGGCUGCUGCAGUUUGCACUCUGUACUCUGUGGCUUAUUCGGGGUAUUUUUUAACCCACUUGGCACACGAGGUCAAACAUCCCGUGGUGUGGGAAUGCAACGGCGAGGCUCCCGUGGUGUGGGACAAGGACAGUGGACAUCUCCCGGAGUGGGACGAGGAUGGCCAAGCUCCCAAGGCAUGGGAUGAGGAUGUCGGAGAUCUCCCGGUGUGGAAUGAGGAUGGAGGACAUCCUGUGUCUUGGGAAGAGGAGAACCAAGGGGCUCGCGGCCCCAGGGAGUGGGGCUGCGUUCUGGCUCUGCUGCAGGGCGGGCUCUCACUCUGGGAGGGAGCGUCUUCCACGUGGUUUCUUUCAGGGAACACCGUGAGCGAGGCGGAGCCUGCCGAGAAAUACCUGGAGCUGGAGCAGAUUGGCCAAGGGGCUUUCGGAACCGUUUACAAAGGACUGGACAGGGCCACUGGAGGAGAGGUGGCCAUAAAGAAAAUGAGUCUCCAAGGGCAGAACAGGGAACGAGCUGUGAAUGAGAUCCUGCUCCUGAAGGACAAGAAGAACCCCAACAUUGUCAACUCUUUGGACAGCUUCCUUGUUGAUGGAGAUCUCUGGCUGGUGAUGGAAUACAUGGAUGGAGGAACUUUGCAGGACGUUGUCAGACAGACACGCAUGGCUGAAGGAGAGAUGGCAGCUGUCAGUCGGGAGUGUCUGCAGGGCCUGGAUUUCCUCCAUGCCAACCGGGUGAUGCACAGGGAUCUGAAGAGCUCCAACGUCCUCCUGGGAAUGGACGGCUCUGUCAGGCUGGCUGAUUUUGGCCUCUGUGCUCAGCUCAGCCCUGAGCAGGACCGGCGCAGCUCCAUGGUGGGCACUGCUCACUGGAUGGCCCCAGAAGUUGUGACCAGAUCUCCUUAUGGCCCCAAGGUGGACAUCUGGGCCUUUGGCAUUGUGACCAUCGAGAUGGUGGAAGGAGAACCUCCUUACUUCAGGGAAACGGGGGCCAUGGCUCGCGCUCUGAUCCGGCAGAACGGGACCCCGCAGCUGCAGGAGCCCCAGCGCCUGUCGGCUCUGCUGCGGGACUUCCUCGAGUGCAGCCUGGAGCCGGACGAGGAGCGGCGCUGGGCUGCCCAGGAGCUGCUACAGCACCCGUUUUUGUCAUCAGCCAAGCCUCUCUCCAGCCUGACCCCUCUGAUCACUGCAGCGAAGCAACUGAGGGAGCAGCGGAGGAGAUGAAGCCGUUGAGGAGAGCUCCUUGUUACAGUAGUUAGGACAACUAGUUAGUUUUGGUAGUUAGCAUUGCUAGUUAGUUAUGGUAGUUAGCUCUGGUAGUUAGUUAUGUUAGUUAGCUCUGGUGGUUAGUUAUGACAGCACUGAUAGUUGAUUAUGGUAGUUAGCACUGCUAGUUGUUUAUGGUAGUUAGCACUGCUAGUUAGUUAUGGUAGUUAGGACAGCCUGUUUGUUAUGGCAGUUUUUGGAAUAAAAACUCUCUCAAACCUCGA